GAUCAGGAUAAGAGAUCAGACUCACCUGAACCCAGCUGUGUCUCCAUGAAGAGUGACCAGUCAAUGGGUGAACCUUUAACCUUCAGAGAGGACAACAGUUCUGCUGAUCUCAGAGUCCAGAAGGAGACUCCAGAAAUCAGCAGGAGAAAUAUGGACUCCAUAUUAAAGGAGCUGGAGCACAAAGUCAUCUCUCUGGUAAAGAAUCAGCUGGAGAGGUUUCUGAAGAUGCUGAAGAAUCUGGAUUACCCAGCAUGCUCUGGGAGAGAGGAGGAGGAUGAGGAGGAUCAGAGUGGUGUCAGAGAGGGAGCGCUGAAGAUCACACUGCACGUCCUGAAGAACAUGAACCAGACAGACCUCGCUAACAAACUGCAGACCAAACUGGCUCCAUCCUGCCACCGAAAGCUCAAAUCAACACUAAAGGCAAAAUUUCAGAAAAUUAAUGAAGGAAUCUCAGAUCCUGGAACCUCAACCCUUCUGAAUGAGAUCUACACAGAUCUGUACAUCACAGAGGGAGGGAGUGGAGAGGUCAAUAAUGAGCAUGAGGUCAGACAGAUUGAAGCAGCAUCCAGGAGACCAGCAACACAGGAGACGCCCAUCAAAUGUAACGACCUCUUUAAAGACCAGUCCAUCAGAACUGUGCUGACUAAAGGAGUUGCUGGAAUUGGAAAAACUGUCUCUGUGCAGAAGUUCAUUCUGGACUGGACUGAAGGAAAAGCCAAUCAGGAUGUUCUCUUCAUAUUUCCACUUCCUUUUAGAGAGCUGAAUCUGAUGAAAACUGAAAAAGUCAGUCUGGAGGAUCUUCUUUAUCAGUUUUUUAGGGACACAAAAUACUUAAAACCAAUAGAAUAUCAUCACUACAAAUUCAUGUUCAUCUUUGAUGGUCUGGAUGAAUGUCGACUUCCUCUAGAUUUCCAGAACAAUAAGAGAGUAUCUGAUGUAACACAGUCAGCCUCAGUGGAUGUGCUGCUGACAAACCUCAUCCAGGGGAACCUGCUUCCCUCUGCUCUCCUAUGGAUAACUACUCGACCAGCAGCAGCCAAUCAGAUCCCUCCUGACUGUAUUGAUCAGGUAACAGAGGUACGAGGGUUCAGUGACCCUCAGAAAGAGGAAUACUUCAGGAAAAGGAUCAGAGAUCAGAGCCUUGCUGAAAGAAUCAUUACACACAUGAAGUCCUCCAGAAGCCUCUACAUCAUGUGCCACAUCCCAGUCUUCUGCUGGAUCUCAGCCACUGUUCUAGAGAGGAUGUUGGGUGAAGCAGAGGGAGGAGAGAUCCCCAAGACUCUGACUCAAAUGUUCACACACUUCCUUAUCUUUCAGAUCAAACACCGCAGCCAGAAGUACCAAAGAAAAAGUGAUGUUGAUCUUAAACAGACUAGAGAGAUUAUUCUGGCUCUGGGAAAACUGGCUUUCCAACAGCUGGAGAAAGGAAACCUGAUCUUCUAUGAGGAAGAUCUGAGAGAGUGCAGCAUUGAUGUCAGAGAAGUGUCCGUGUACUCAGGAGUGUGCACCCAGAUCUUCAGACAGGAGUCUGAACUUCACCUGGGGAAGGUUUUCAGCUUUGUUCAUCUGAGUGUUCAGGAGUUUCUGGCUGCUUUAUAUGAGUUUCUGUCCUUCAUCUCCAACAACAGAAAUGUGCUGCAACAGAAACACAGUGGAUUUGGUUUCUCCAAAAAAGAAACAAUGUCUGACUUCCUGAAGAGAGCCGUGGACAAGGCCUUACAGAGUGAGAACGGACACCUGGACCUUUUCCUCCGAUUCCUUCUGGGUCUCUCACUGGAGUCCAAUCAGACUCUCUUACGAGGUCUUCUGAUACAGACAGAGAACAUCUCUCACAGUAAAGAGGAAGUAGUGGAGUACAUCAAGCAGAAGAUCAGGAAGAAUCCCUCUCCAGAGAAAACUAUCAGUCUGUUCCACUGUCUGAAUGAACUGAAUGAUCAUUCUCUAGUGCAGGAAGUCCAGAAAUACCUGAACAGAGGAGAUUCCAGUGAUCUCAGUGGAGUUACUCUCUCUCCUGAUCAGUGGUCAGCUGUGGCGUUUGUGAUGCUGAAUUCAGAAGAGGAGCUGGAUGAGUUUAACCUGUGGAAAUUUGAGACUUCAGAGGAAUGUCUUCUGAGGUUGAUGCCGGUGAUUAAAGUGUCCAGAAGAGCUAAGCUGUAUGGGUGUAAUCUAUCAGAUAAAAGCUGUGCAGAUCUGGCCUCAGUUCUCAGCUCAAACUCCUCAACUCUGAGAGAACUGAACCUGGGUUAUAAUGAACUGCAGGAUUCAGGAGUGAAGCUGCUCUCUGCUGGACUGAAGAAUCCACACUGUAAACUGGAGACACUGUGGCUGUGGGAGUGUAAUCUAUCAGAUAAAAGCUGUGCAGAUCUGGCCUCAGCUCUCAGCUCAAACUCCUCACCUCUGAGAGAACUGAACCUGGGUAAUAAUAAACUGCAGGAUUCAGGAGUGAAGCUGCUCUCUGCUGGACUGAAGAAUCCACACUGUAAACUGGAGAAACUGGGGCUGGGUCGGUGUAAUCUAUCAGAGAAAAGCUGUGCAGAUCUGGCCUCUGCUCUCAGCUCAAACUCCUCAACUCUGAGAGAACUGAACCUGAGUGAGAAUAACCUGCAGGAUUCAGGAGUGAAGCUGCUCUCUGCUGGACUGAAGAAUCCACACUGUAAACUGGAGAUACUGGAGCUGUGGAAGUGUAAUCUAUCAGAGAAAAGCUGUGCAGAUCUGGCCUCAGCUCUCAGCUCAAACUCCUCAACUCUGAGAGAACUGAACCUGGGUGUUAAUGAACUGCAGGAUUCAGGAGUGAAGCUGCUCUCUGCUGGACUGAAGAAUCCACACUGUAAACUGGAGAAACUGGAGCUGUGGAGGUGUAAUCUAUCAGAGAAAAGCUGUGCAGAUCUGGCCUCAGUUCUCAGCUCAAACUCCUCAACUCUGAGAGAACUGUACCUGGGUGGUAAUAAACUGCAGGAUUCAGGAGUGAAGCUGCUCUCUGCUGGACUGAAGAAUCCACACUGUAAACUGGAGAAACUGAAGCUGGGUUGGUGUAAUCUAUCAGAUAAAAGCUGUGCAGAUCUGGCCUCAGUUCUCAGCUCAAACUCCUCAACUCUGAGAAAACUGAACCUGAGUCAUAAUGAACUGCAGGAUUCAGGAGUGAAGCUGCUCUCUGCUGGACUGAAGAAUCCACACUGUAAACUGGAGACACUGGGGCUGUGGAACUGUAAUCUAUCAGAGAAAAGCUGUGCAGAUCUGGCCUCAGUUCUCAGCUCAAACUCCUCAACUCUGAGAGAACUGAACCUGGGUGGUAAUAAACUGCAGGAUUCAGGAGUGAAGCUGCUCUCUGCUGGACUGAAGAAUCCACACUGUAAACUGGAGACACUGGAGCUGAGGAGCUGCAGUAUUACAGAAGAAGGCUGUGCUGCUUUAGCUUCAGCUCUGAAAUCAAACCCCUCACACCUGAGAGAGCUGGAUCUGAACUUCAAUAAUCCAGGAGAGUCAGGAAAGAAGCUGCUCUCUGAUCUACAGAAGGAUCCUCACUUCAAACUGGAGAAACUAUACUUCUGAAAACCUGACCUGCUCUUAUUGGACAAUCUGGGCUCUUCAUCAGCUCUUCAUUCAGCACUUCUGUGGAGUUUAGAAGCUUCCAAAAUGUUCAUAUGAGCUGAAGUGAGAUCCGGCUGUUCAGCAGCUGGAAUAGCUGAACUACGCAGUAACAGAUCAUUAUCAGAACAGCUCUAAUCUUCUUAUCAGAGUGGAAAUAGAUCUGGUUUAGAGAGAUCUGAAUCUACACAUACAGUAUAGUACACUUUUAUAUUCUGUAUAGCAGGCAGAGCAGUGAGGGUUAACCAGUCGACAGUGAUCAGUUCAGCACUGUCUUAUACUUUUAUCAUGUUGUUUAAAUCAAUUGGAAAUGUGUUGAAACCUUCAGAAGCUGUAUAAACUCUAUCUACACUUAUUCUUUUAACUUUUACAGAACUUUAAAAUGUGUUUUAUUUAAUAAUAACCAGAAACAGGAGCUGGAAAUUAGCUUCAGCUAGAAUUCCUAUAUACAUUACAUACCUUUUUGUGUAUUUUGUGUAACAGUGUUAAUCUGUAUUGUCCCUGUAAAAUAUGUAAAUAAAUACAUAGAGGUUAAUCAAACCCAACAA